UCGAUUAGCAAGCUGGAGGUUCUUCACCUCCAGGGAAAGCCAAGCUACGCUAUGUCACUUCCUACGACACCGCAACCCGCUUCAGGGUCAGAGCCCACGGAUGCACAACAUACAUGGCGGUUCUGGAUCGUGUUCCCAGUGCUGUGGCUGACAGCCCUGAUGGUGUCUCUGGAGGCGACUGUAGUCUCCACCGCAUUGCCUCUGAUCAAUACAGAGCUGGGAACCGGCGACGACUUCAUUUGGGUGCUCAAUGUCUUCUUCCUGACAAAUGCCGCCUUCCAGCCCUUUCUUGGACAGCUUGCUAAUGCCGUCGGUCGACGAUACGUCAUGAUGGCUUCUAUAAUUUUGUUUCUCUUGGGCAGUGCGGUUGGAGGAUCUUCUACCUCCAGUAAACAGCUCAUCGCUGGCCGAGCGAUACAAGGAGCAGGUAGCGGCGGAGUAACCAUGCUGGUAAGACAACAUAGAUGACUCUAAGUCUUGUUCAAUUCUAAUCGACAGUCACAGCUUGAUUUGAUCGUCUCGGAUCUUGUGCCCGUUCGGUCACGCCCAGGUUAUAUCGCGGCCACAUUUGUCGCUGUGAACAUUGGGACUGCACUCGGACCUUUCCUCGGCGGAGUCAUCGUGGAGAGAAUUUCCUGGCGUUGGAUUUUUUACAUCAAUCUUCCGGUCGCAGCAUCGCGCUACUCGCGGUCACAUUCUGUCUUGAUACAGGCUUCAAGCGGGAACUGAUGCGUGAGCGCAUCUUGUCCAUCGAUUACGUGGGAAACUGUAUGCUGAUCGCGUCUACGACUUCGGUCCUCUUCGCGAUCUCUUAUGGCGACAUACGGUAUUCUUGGAGUAGCUGGCACGCUAUUCUGCCUCUAGUGAUCGGACUCUUUGGGUUCGGGAUAUUUUCAGUGUAUGAAGCCUUCGUCCCAAGACUACCGAUUGCGCCUCGUCGAUUCUUCAGCCGACCCACCUCCGCUGCAGGGUACCUCAUCACCUUUUUCUGGAGCAUCCUAUCGUUCUGGAGGAUCUAUUUUCUCUCGGUCUAUUUCCAGGCUGUACAGUUGUCCAGCCCAAGCCGGGCCGGAGUUCAGGUUCUUCCUUCGGUCAUCAUGCUGAUCCCGGCCGUAGUGGUUGGCGCUUGGGUUACGAAGAAGACAGGCAGAUAUCGCACCGUCCACUUUGCCUCGUUGGCCGGACUACUCCUUGGGCAUGGACUGUACAUCCUUUUGUCACCGUCCUCGACGGCAGUGGAAUGGAUUCUUUUUCAGCUCGUCACAGGAUUCUUUGGCAACAUGUUGAUUCCCGCCAUACUGCCCGCCAUUCAGGCUGGGAUGGAAGAGACAGAUGCUGCAGCCGCGACUGCAUUCUGGGGCUUCGUCCGAAGUUUUGGAAUCAUAUGGGGAAUCACUAUCCCGGCUGCUGUACUCAACGCCCGCUUCGACUCGCUCGCGUAUCACAUAUCCGAUCCCACCCUACGUGCCAGUCUCACUGGUGGGAAGGCUUAUGAGAAAGCCAGUGCGUCUUUCAUCAAGACGAUCCCAGGCUCAUCCCGGGAUGAGUUGGUGGGUGUUUAUGCCGGUGCCUUGACAAGAGUUUGGGAGGUUGCGAUGAUAUUCCCGAGUCUAGCACUUAUAUUUGUCUUUCUAGAACGCAAGAUCGACAUGCGGACGACUAUCAAUAGUGAGUUUGGCCUGAAAGAGGUGGAAAAAGGGUAGUACAGACUGGCUUACCUAGGCGGAUGGCCUGUACACUAAGGCUAAGGGAUGUAUAAACGUAGGAUGUAGCCGCUCAAGUCAAUUGAACACCCCAGAACGACCUCUAUGCAAGGCGUGUCUGUCUGUCAAUUUCUGCUUCGCGCUUCCUGGCCUUUCCUCAGCUCUGCAAUGAUCGAGAUCUGCAAUAUAUGCCUACUGAGACAAAGCAUUUCCGAUCAUUGUCACCAGCUUCACUGCUCACGUGAUACUGGCUUAGAAAAGCGCGUGCGGAUUGCGGGACUCGCAGUGGCGAUGUGAACUAUCACUUUCUAAGAGGCGUAAGCUGUGAGGAAUCUCUGACGUCGAGUUUAUCGAGAUCACAACUGAGACUUCGACUGAGUCCCGGCAGAGUGCUGCGACCGCAGAUCUGCUGAUGCGCACCGAGAUGGCCGAUACCCGGUCGAUGGUCUCAGAGGCCAUUACGUUCUUGUCUACCGUUCGCAUGCGAAUUUUGUGAGAUGAGGUGGCGUGCUGACAUCGAGUUUUGACAGUGCGGAAGAGGUGCGAAUGUAAGUUGCUCCUUGUACGGGCCAUCCCUCACAGCAUUACAGUCCACGAAUUAGCUACCUGGCAAGUCAGACGUAGCCCUCUUUCAACGUGUGUCGGCGCCCUAGGGUGGAGAAGCAGCUCUU